CGCGUGUGUGUGUGUGAGAGAGAGAGUGUAUUCCAGUCAUUACGGUAUUUCUCCAUGAUGGUGAGAGCCUCAUGUGUCACUCUCUUCAGGAUCGUUUCCGUUUCAGCCAUGGCCCGGUACAGAUUCAUCGACAUCGGAGUGAACCUGACUGAUCCCAUGUUCAGAGGCCUCUACAGGGGGAAGCAGAAACACGACGAUGACUUCACUCAAAUCAUCGAGCGAGCGCUGAGAACCGGGGUGGACAAGUUCAUGAUCACAGGAGGAAGUCUGGACGACAGCGCCGAAGCGGUGAAGCUGGCGGAGAGCCGAGAGGAGUUCUUCUGCACGGUGGGCUGCCAUCCCACCCGCUGCGGCGAGUUCGAGCAGAGCGGGCCGGCGCAGUACCUGUCCGGGCUGAGGCGGCUGGCGGCGCAGCACCGAGGGAAGGUGGUGGCGGUGGGGGAGUGCGGACUCGAUUUUGACAGGCUGGAGUUUUGCCCCAAAGAAACACAAAUGAAGUACUUUGAGCAGCAGUUCGAUCUGGCCGAGGAGACGAAGCUGCCGAUGUUCCUGCACUGCAGGAACUCGCAUCAGGAGUUCGUCGACAUCAUGAAGAGGAAUCGGGAGCGAUGCGUUGGAGGAGUGGUCCACUCGUUUGACGGGACGUCAGAAGACGCCGCUGCGCUCAUCGACCUGGACCUCUACAUCGGAAUAAACGGAUGCUCCCUGAAAACAGCAGCCAACAUGGAGGCCAUGAAGUCCAUCCCCACCGAGAGGCUGAUGAUCGAGACCGACGCCCCCUGGUGUGGGGUGAAAAACACUCAUGCAGGCGCUAAAUAUGUCCAGACGACGUUUCCCACCAAGAAGAAGUGGGAGGAGGGCCACUGCCUGAAGGACCGGAACGAGCCCUGCCACAUCAUACAAGUGCUGGAGGUGAUGGCGGCGGCGAGGGGAGAAGAUCCUGUGGCGCUGGCUGACGCCAUCUACAACAACACCGUCAAGGUCUUCUUCAGCUCCAGCUGAUCGCUCGCCGCUUUCAAACAGGACAACCAAACAGCCUUCAUCUGUUUGCCUCAGAUUUUAGAAACAAAACAUCCCCAAGAAACCUCAGGCCAAAACCUCAUUAAACCUGGAAACACUCACUGAAUCUGAUUUCUCUUCUAUGUGAGUUGAUUCAUGUUGUUGUAUUUAUUUCUAUGUAUUUAGGGAUGGAAAUGUUGGCCCUUGUGGGACGGCUGAGCCAGACUGGUUGAUGAAUUUGUUGCCCUUAGUCAGUUUCUUUUUCUCUUUCAGUUCUGUCACUGUCAGUUCUGUGACGUCUCUCUAUUAGUUUGACUCCAAGUUCAUCUCAGAGUUCACUGUGGAAUUAAAAUGACCUGUAAUUGACCCCUUUCAAAAAGACCUUCAGUCCAGGCUCACAGAAGUUCUUCAUCAUGGUGCAGCAGAUGUUGAAAAACCUCAGAGAUGGCUCCGGCCCUUCCUGUCGAGUGCUUCGGUUUUCUUCAGCCCAGUGUCUUGUUGUCAGUGCCCCGUGGUACUCACACUGCCAUACUUUCAGGCUGUUUACACCAAAUUCUGAAUAUGGCAGCAGAAAUGGAGACUCCAUAAAGCAAGUGGAAAAUUUAAA